AUGGUACCCAGCAACUUUGGAGAGAACGUUCUUGGACUUAUUAAGCCUGAUCACCUGGAUCGACCACCCUAUAUUCGUGGAGAUGCCUUUCAGCUUUUGAAUGCCAAUCGUGAAUUCCUUGAAUUUGAUCGUACGAAAUAUGUCGUAAACACAAGUCUCCUUAUUCAAGUGGUGUAUCGUCAACUGUUUUUUAGGCUUUAAACUGGCAGUAUUGCCAGUUACUGACUGAUUGCCAGUUUUUAUUGUUCGGGUUUGGUAAAUGUUUGUCCUGUGGCAAAUUUCUCAUGUAACUCAUAUGCAUUUCGUAAUGCUAAAUGCUUUAUAUGUGGUAAAAUUGGACACAUUCAGUCAGUUUGUAAUACUACUGUUCAUUUCGCUCCAAGUAAUGCUAAACUUUGUAAUUCAAAUCUUAUUAAGUUGAAUGCUUCCAACGAUCAUUUGCCUUUUCCUUCGAUUUCGAAAAACAGUAUAGUCAUAAAGCAGUCUAGAAUCAAAUGAAAUCAGAAUCAUUGUGAGAUAAAAGCUUCUAGUCAACCAACUUAUCAGAUCUCAUGUUUUUGUAUCAGAUAUCGUUUUGUAGUGAACAAAGGACACAAGUGGGGGCGAUCGAAUGUAUUAGAACAAGAAAUUACAGAACAUCUCAAUAAAAUCUGAGAACCAUACAGUAAAUACUUAAUUUGCAAAAUAUUAACCCAUUGUCUCAAAAUUGGCUGUUUCUUUUACAAAUAUCAGUCCAUCGUCUCAGAUUUCAUUGUUCCUGCAUUUUUGUACUGAUUACUUUCCUUCCCCGUUCUUUCGUUCUCUAUUCUCUACUGGAAUACAUUCUAUUACUGACUACCAUUAUAUAGUACUUAUGUGUAUAUAAGUAGCGCACACCACAGUUUGUCUUAAUGAUUCACAUAUUUCUGAUGAAAUUUUCUAUAAAUCUGAGGGAAAUGUGUUGAAUGAAUUAAAUUAUGAUAGAAAAUAUGGUGCAGUUUUGACAGAUGCUGAUUUUUCUGGUGAUAUAUUAUUCUCCAAUGAAAUUCUUAAUAAAUUUGAGGAAAAGAUUUCGGAAAAAUUACAUCAUGAUGUCAUAUCAAAUGUUAUUUAUCCUUACACUGCAUCUGUCUCUUGCGGUAAACUUGUUCAAUGCAUAGCACAAGUGCUAAAUCAGCUCGAUUUUGAUUACAAUUCGUGUGGAUUCAGAUCAAAUGUUGUUUAUACUUAUCAUGAAUCCUCUAAUCAAUGUGAGACAUGUUUCAAAUGAAGCCACAUUAUUCAUAACUUGGGGCUAUCAAGAUCCAACAUUAUUUCGUGGGGGAGAAUAGUGUUGGGACGUCUAUGGUUCAAAUUCUGAAUAUCAGUGGUUUCAGUACACAACCCACAUGGCGAUUGUAUACAAUUCCAGGAUCCAGGUGAGUCCGUUCCAAUUUCUAGGUCAUACUUAGUCUACAUCCAAUACACGGUUGGACAGAUACAUGAUGAACCUAACGAGAAAAGGUAAAAUUGAUCGCAGAAACUUAGAUUCCAAUUUAAGCUGUGGCGGUUGUUGUGUUUGUAUUAACUAAUGAUUCUUUUGUACUUGAUGACUGCCUGAUUUUGAAUUCCAAAUACAAUACAUUCGUUUGUGCUCAC